AUCUCGCGAGAUUUGCGUAAAGAGCGGGAAGGAGGCGGGGUUGAGAGAAAGGCCUCAGUUCGUGAGGGUGCUGAAAUCUCGCGAGACUCUCCGUAGAGAAGCGGUGCUCUGAGCUGCCCCCAGGUGUGUCUCAGGUGUGCCCAGGACCCCCCCCAGGACGCCCCCCCGGCCUCACCGGCACCGUGGAAGUGGAGUGUGAGGAGGAGGAGGAGGGCCCCGCGCACACAGGUGCCGCGGCUCAGGUGAGGCUGGGCCGCCCGGGCGCCCCCCCCCAGCAUGAGGCGCCCCCUACCCAGCAGCCCCUGCGGCCGGGGGGGGGGGGCGGCCCCGGGGCCCCCCCGCCCCACCCCCACCCUCCUCUGCACCCCCAGGUGCCCUCGGGCAGGAUGACGGGCUCCAGCCCCGUGUCGCCGGCCUCGUCCUCGGGGGGCUCCCCCGGCAGCCCCUCCCCCCCCGGGCCCCCCCGGCCGGCGCCGCCCCCCGAGGGCCCCCCCGAGGGCCCCCCCGGGCCCCCCGAGCCCCCCUGGCUGUGGGAGAGGAGCCCCGCCGAGAUCGCCGAGCAGGCCAAGCACGAGGCCGAGGUGGAGCACCGCGUGGCCGAGAUGAAGCGCGAGGGUUUCUGGUCGCUGCGGCGCCUGCCCAAGGUGCCCGAGCCGGCGCGGCCCAAGGUGCACUGGGACUACCUGUGCGAGGAGAUGCAGUGGCUGGCCGCCGACUUCGCGCAGGAGCGCCGCUGGAAGAGGGGCGUGGCCCGCAAGGUGGUGCGGAUGGUGAUGCGGCACCACGAGGAGCAGCGGCAGCGCCAGGAGCGCGCCAAGCGCGAGGAGCAGGCCAAGCUGCGCCGCGUGGCCGCCGCCAUCGCCCGCGAGGUGCGCCACUUCUGGAGCAGCGUCGAGAAGGUGGUGCAGUUCAAGCAGCAGUCGCGCCUGGAGGAGAAGCGCAAGAAGGCGCUGGACCUGCAGCUGGACUUCAUCGUGGGCCAGACCGAGCGCUACUCGGACUUGCUGAGCCGCAGCCUCAACGCGCCGCGGCCCCGCCCCGCCGCCCUCACCUGCCCAGCCUCGGCCGAGAGCCCCCCCCGGCCCCUGGGGGAGCUGCUGGGAGCCCUGCCCCCACAGGUGCUGCGGCGGGACCAGGCCCCUCCCCCGCCCUGGGGGCCCCGCGAGGAGGACGCCGAGUUCGAGGCUGAGGAGGAGGAGGGUGAGGAUGAGGAGGACACGAUCGCGGCCCAGGAGCGCCUGGAGGGCGACGUCGACCACCAGCAGGAGCUGGACGACCUGGCCAGGGAGGAAAAGCAGCAAAAAAAUGCAAAAAAACACCAUAAAAAUACCCCAAAAUUAUUUCAAAAUGGAGAAAAACACCAAAAAACUAUAAAAAUAACCCAAAAUAUCCCAAAAUCACCCCAAAAUCCCCAGCAGGAGCUGCAUGACCUGGCCAGGGAGGGUGCGCUGCCCAUGGAGGAGCUGCUGCAGCGUUACCGCGGCGCCUUCGCCGACUCCGACUGCGACUCCGCCCCCGGCGCCAGCAGCACCCGCUCAGACUCACCUGGCGGCGACAGCGAGGAGGAGGAGGAGGAGGAAGACGACGACGACGACGACGACGAGGACGAGGCCGACGACGAGGAGGAGGAGGAGGAGGCCGAGGGGGGGCAGGAGGGCGGGGCCGGGCCGCCAGGUGAGCCCGGCGGGGGCGCGGCCCCGCCCGUACCUGCCCAGGUGAGCCCCGCCCCCGCCCCGCCCGCCGGCCCCGCCCCCAAGAAGGAGAUCAGCGACAUCGCGGCGGCGGCCGAGAGCCUGCAGCCCAAGGGGUACACGCUGGCCACCACGCAGGUGAAGACGCCGAUCCCUCACCUGCUGCGCGGCACGCUGCGCGAGUACCAGCACAUCGGGCUGGACUGGCUGGUCACCAUGUACGAGAAGAAGCUGAACGGGAUCCUGGCCGACGAGAUGGGGCUGGGCAAAACCAUCCAGACGAUCUCGCUGCUGGCUCACCUGGCCUGCGAGAAAGGUAGCUGGGGCCCGCACCUGAUCAUCGUGCCCACGUCGGUGAUGCUGAACUGGGAGAUGGAGCUCAAGCGCUGGUGCCCCGGCUUCAAGAUCCUCACCUACUACGGCGCGCAGAAGGAGCGGCGCCUCAAGAGACAGGGCUGGACGAAGCCCAACGCGUUCCACGUGUGCAUCACCUCGUACAAGCUGGUGCUGCAGGACCACCAGGCGUUCCGCAGGAAGAACUGGAAGUACCUGAUCCUGGACGAGGCGCAGAACAUCAAGAACUUCAAAUCCCAGCGCUGGCAGUCCCUGCUCAACUUCAACAGCCAGCGGCGGCUGCUGCUGACGGGCACGCCGCUGCAGAACUCGCUGAUGGAGCUGUGGUCGCUGAUGCAUUUCCUGAUGCCCAGCGUGUUCCAGUCGCACCGCGAGUUCCGCGAGUGGUUCCACAACCCCCUGACGGGCAUGAUCGAGGGCAGCCAGGAGUACAACGAGAGCCUCGUCAAACGGCUCCACAAGGUGCUGCGGCCGUUCCUGCUGCGCCGCCUCAAGGUGGACGUGGAGAAGCAGAUGCCCAAGAAGUACGAGCACGUGCUCAGGUGCCGCCUGUCCAAGCGCCAGCGCUUCCUCUACGACGACUUCAUGGGCCAGGCCAGCACCAAGGCGACGCUGGCCAGCGGGCACUUCAUGAGCGUGAUCAACGUGCUGAUGCAGCUGCGCAAGGUGUGCAACCACCCCGACCUGUUCGAGCCGCGCCCCGUCACCUCGCCGCUCGUCACACCUGGGCUGAGCCUGGGCGCGCCCGCGCUGGUGCUGCGCGCCCUGGAGCCACACCCCUUCCAGCAGGUGGACCUGUCCCCGUUCGAGCUGGUGGCCCUCGAGUCCCACCUGUCGCGCUACGCGGCCGAUUGGUUCCUGCCGCGCUUCCGCGUCACGCGGCGCCUGCUGUGGGACGUGGCCGCCGCCCCCGAGCCGCCGCCCCGCCCCAAGCCCGUGCGCAUGAAGGUCAACAGGAUGCUGCAGCCGGUGCCGAAGGCGGAGCCCCGGGCGGUGCUGCUGCUCCCCGCCCCCCGCCCCGCCCCCGGGGGCGUGGCCUCGCCCAGCCCCGCCCCCGCUGCGCCCGGCCCCGCCCCCGCCGCGCCCGGCCCCGCCCCCCUGCUGGUGGCCCCGCCCCUCGUCACGCUGGGACACGCCCAGGCCCCGCCCCCCGGGGCCGGCCCCGCCCCCUUGGUGACGCCGCAGGGGGCGGGGCUGAACCUGGGGCUGGGAUUGGCCCUGGCCCCGCCCCGGGCCACGCCCACGCUGCUGGCUCCGCCCCCCGGAGGGCCCGCCCACGCUCUCCCGGCCGCCUCCUUGGCCACGCCCACCCCCGCAGGAGGCCCCGCCCCCGCGGCCCCGCCCACGCCAAAUAUGGGCAAGGGGGCGGGGCCAGCGGCGGCCCCGCCCGUGGCCGCCUUCGCGCUGCCCCAGCGGCUCCUGCUGGCCCCGGACAUGCAGGCCCGGCUGCCCUGUAAGCCACGCCCCCUCAUCUGCAUCUCAUUUGCAUGCGCGCGCUUGGAAAGCUUUCCUGAUCUCUCAAUUUCAGAACUUUUUUGCCUGAAAUUGCCCCGAAUUUCCUCAAAAUUUCCACUAAACGCCCGCCGGCAGCCCCCGCCCCCCCCGCGCUCCCCCUUCUACCUGGAAUCCCUGGAAUCGCGCCGCGCGCGGGGCCGCGCCGAGCGCCUGGAGCGGCUGCUGCGGCUGAACGAGAGCGCUGCGGCCUCAGCCCCCGUCUACGGCCGCGAGGUGCUCGCCUUCCUGACGCUGCCCCCCCGGAGCAUCGGCACCCCGGGGGGGGCCCUGGACAGCGCCGUGCUCGCGCCCCCCCCAGCGCCUGCAGCAGAUGAAGCCCAUCGGGCAGUGCUCGCGCCCCCCCAGCGCCUGCAGCAGAUGAAGCCCAUCCUCGACAGGUUCCUGGUGGCGGUGCCGGCGGUGGCCUCGCGGGGGGUGUCCCUGCACAGCGGCCGCCCCCCGCCCUGGGCGCAGCGGCAGCGGCAGCGCCUGGAGCAGCACCUGAGGGAGGAGCUGCGGGCGCGGGGGGCUCACCUGGGCCAGGGGCUGCACACGCACUUCCCCGACCCCCGCCUCGUGCAGUACGACUGCGGUAAGCUGCAGGCGCUGGACGUGCUGCUGCGGCGGCUGCGGGCGGGCGGGCACCGCGUGCUGAUCUUCACGCAGAUGACACGCAUGCUCGACGUGCUCGAGCGCUUCCUCACCUUCCACGGGCACAUCUACCUGCGCCUGGACGGCUCCACCCGCGUCGAGCAGAGACAGGCGCUGAUGGAGCGCUUCAACGCCGACAAGCGAAUCUUCUGCUUCAUCCUCUCGACGCGCUCGGGCGGCGUCGGCGUCAACCUGGCCGGGGCCGACACCGUGGUGUUCUACGACUCGGACUGGAACCCCACCAUGGACGCGCAGGCGCAGGACAGGUGCCACCGCAUCGGCCAGACCCGCGACGUCCACAUCUACAGGCUGAUCAGCGAGCGCACGGUGGAGGAGAACAUCCUCAAGAAGGCCAACCAGAAGCGGCUGCUGGGGGACAUGGCCAUCGAGGGCGGCAACUUCACCACCGCCUACUUCAAACAGCAAACCAUCCGCGAGCUGUUCGACAUGGCGCCCGAGGAGCCGCCGAGGGACCGAGGGGACAGGGACAGGGACAGGGACAGGGACAGGGACAGGGACAGGGACAGGGACAGGGACAGGGACAGGGACCGGGACCGGGACAGGGACAGGGACAGGGACAGGGACAGGGACAGGGACGGCGACGGGGACCGAGGGGACAGAGGGGACAACGAGGAUGACGAGGACCCCGCGGCCACCCGGAGGACGCACAUCCUGGAGCAGGCGCUGUGCGGGGCCGAGGACCCCGAGGACAUCCGCGCGGCCUCGCAGGCGCAGGCCGAGCGCGUGGCGGCGCUGGCCGAGUUCAGCGAGUCGCUGAGCCCCGAGGACGGCGCCGGCGCCGACGGCCCCGAGGAGGAGCUGAGCAAGGCCGAGCAGGAGAUCGCCGCGCUCGUGGAGCAGCUGACCCCCAUCGAGCGCUACGCCAUGAACUUCCUGGAGGCCUCGCUCGAGGACGUCAGCCGGGAGGAGCUGAAGCAGGCCGAGGAGCAGGUGGAGGCCGCCCGCAAGGACAUCGACCAGGCCAAGGGGGGCGGGGGGCGCUUCCGGCUGCCCCCGGCCCCGCCCGGCCGCCAGCACCACGAGGAGGAGGAGGAGGAGGAGGAGGAAGAGCCCGCGGGGGGCGUGGCUUCUGCAGCAGGGGGCGUGGCUUCCGCAGCAGGAGGCGUGGUUUCCGCCAGAGAGGGCGUGGCUUCUGCAGGGGGUGUGAUUUCGGGAGGAGGGGGCGUGGCCUCGGGGGAGGCGGAGCCCCAGAGUGAGAGGGGGGGGUGGGGGAGGGGCCCGGAAGCCGCGCCGGGCCCGGGGGCCGGCCCGCCCCUCCCCCAACGCCGAGCGGGCGGGGACGCGCGCCUCGCAGCGGCUGCGGGCCGUGACGUCACCGCUGACGUCAUCGGUGACGUCAUCGGAGGGUGCCCAGCCCGCCCCGGAGGCGUCAUCCCCGGCCCCGCCCCCUGUGACGUCAUCGAGGUCGCCCACGCCGCCGGCGCCGUCGCCGCCCCGCCAAGCCACGCCCACCCCGGAAGCGGCGAUGGCCACGCCCCCUCCGACGACGUCCCCGCCCCCUCCGCCCUCCUCCCCUCCCGCAGCCACGCCCCCUCCCCCCAAAUCCCCGCCCCCUUCGCCGCCAGAAGGGGCGGGGCCGGACGAGCCACGCCCCCCCGCGGCGGUUGUGGCCCCGCCCCCCGCGGCGCCGGCGCAGCGCCGACGUGGAGAUCCGGCAGAGCCAGCGCGCCGGCCCCGCCGCCAAGGUGCUGCGCACGCUGCCCGGCCGGUUGGUCACCGUCCUCGAGGCCCCGCCCCCUUCCGCCCAGCCGGGCGGGGCCUCGCGCCUCGCCCGGCGCCGCCAGCGCGAGCCACGCCCCCCCGCCGUGACGUCAUCGCCGCCGCCGCCCGCGGGGGCUCCGCCCACCAAGCGGCGCCGGGGGCGGCCCCCGAAGAGGAGGGCGGGGGGGGGGAGGGGCGCGGCAGAGGAGGCGC